UCUUCCUUUAAGGAUAUGAAUAACGGAUACAGUGCUCAGAUUCCCCACACACCCUCCAAUUUCACUGUUAUCCAUUAUAUAAUCCCUUUCCCUUGCAUUUCUAAAAUCCAGCUCUUUUUCUCUCAUUCUCACUCUAAAAUCUCUCUCUCUCUCUCUCUCUCUCUCUCUCUCUCUUCAAUGGCGUCCAUUUCUUUAUCGUUUUCGAUCCUAGGGAUCUCGUUAUGGUUGUCUGUGUUAAUCUCACCGGCCUACUCGCUCGACUGUACGUCACAGAAAUUCACAAACAAGAAAAUCUACGCCAACUGCUCCGACCUCCCAGUGCUCAGCUCCUACCUUCACUGGACCUACAAUGCCACCAAUUCCUCGCUCUCCGUCGCCUUCGUUGCUCAUCCUCCAAACCCCGAUUCAUGGGUGGGGUGGGGCAUCAACCCGACCGGAACCGGAAUGCCCGGAGCCCAAGCCUUGGUCGCCGUGAAACAAUCGGAAGGCUCAUUCGUCGUCAAGACCUACAAUCUGAGCUCCUACAAAUCGAUCAUGCCGGCGAAUCUUUCGUUCGACGUGUGGGACAAGAGCGCCGAGUACGCUAACGGAACCGUCACGAUAUUCGCCUCCGUUAAGGUGCCGAAGGAUGCUGAGAAGUUGAAUUAUAUUUGGCAGGUGGGUCCCGGUGUCAAUAAGACUAACGGUUUUCUGAUCGUUCACGAUUUUAAGCCCGCUAAUCUCGCCUCAAAAGCGACCUUGAGCUUGGUCGCUAAUACUAGUACUACCGAUGGUAAUAAUAGUACAAGCUCAGGUAAUAAUACAACAAAUGGAAACAGCGGCAGUGGAGGUAUUUCCAGAUUUGGAGAUGCCAAGACCUUUGGUUUGUAUCUUGGUUUGCUUUUUGUCCUUGUUAAUCUCCUCACUUUUUAAUUUUUUAGCUGCUUUUUUGGAAUUUUUUUUCUUUUUACUUUCUGCUUUUUUUUUUUUUCUCAAUUUAGUCAAAGAGAUUUGUUGUAUUAGCUGUAUGUUUCAGUAUGUCUAGGUGAAUGAAUAAUAUUUCAUUAUUUCUGAGGGAAAAAAAAAAAGUUGGGUUUUCUUC